UGAACUUUUGUCUAGUAGGCAUAAUUUCAAAUGCUGAAUCAUUCUCCCUUUAUGCUUAUCAUAUCUCGGGGCCGGGACGGAGCUGAGAUAUUAGAAGACUGCUUGGCCUUGGAGGGGGUACAGGUCUUGCCAUGACUCAGUACUCAGUGGAGGAGCUCUCUCUGUCGUUAGUGAGAGAGUUUCUCAGUAGAAAGGGACUGAAGGCAACUCUCACUAGCCUGGACACGGAGGCCCCUCGUGGUGAGAGGAGUAUCAGCAAUCGUGGAGCGUUGGCCAAGGCAGUCAGUGUGGAGAGACUCAUGAGAAAAAAUAAGGAGCAGCCUCAACCAUAUCGCACAAUGAUUGAAGUGAUUGUCCACUCUCUGAGUAGUAAGACCACUACCUCCACCUCUAGAUCACAUGAGCUGCCGUCAAAGUCACCCUCACCUCAAGUACACUCGCACACAGUCACAAGUACCACGCCCCCUGGAGGCAACCCAAUCGCUUACACAAGUACAACAAGUUCUGAUCCUAACAUUACUGAACCAUCUCGUUCUAAUCCACUCUUCAGUAGCCCACCUGUGAGUCGCUUUCAACAACGAACAUCAUCGGCCACUCCUAGUACUGCGACUACAGGAAGAGAUGCUGAACAAUAUCCCAGCUCAAGACUUACAACUAAUCCAAGAGAUAAAAGUGUAUUGAAGACAAACCCUGUUGGCUCUAACACACGUGGUGGUGUAAUGCAAGCUGGGUGCAAGACUUCCGGGAAGAAAUUCAAGCCUCGAAGUCUCGCCGAGCUCAAUUCCACAAUAGACAAGCCAGAGACCACGUCACUACCCAAUGAGACACCAGCUGUGAGCAGUGGAGUGAGUAGACACAGCACUCUGGAGGGGGAGCCUAGGGCAAAUACCUUGUUUGGUGGUGUUGCCAGUGACAUGGACCAGCCGCCAGCUGUACCGUGUGGGAGUUCAACUGCUAAAAAGACUAGCACAGCUGCUGCUGGUGAUCUGUUGGUGUUUGAUGACUUGGAUGACCUUGAGUUGGGUGAGGGGUGGUCGUCAGUCGCUCCUCUGUCCAAUCAGAAUGCAGUAUUUCCAAAAGGCCAUCCAAUCACUGUAGAAACUGCUCAGUCACUCCGUCAUCUGUUGUUCGGCACCUCCAAGGGUCCCUCUUUCAGCCAAGAGUGGAGAAGGCAGAACUUUGAGUUCAGUGACAUACCAGGAUUAGAAUAUGGUCUAGUACAGCACAAGGGAGGCCCUUGUGGUGUGCUGGCAGCAGUGCAGACCUUCAUACUCAAGCAUCUUAUGUUCUCUGACUCUAGCAAGCCGCUCAACGAGAGUCCCCGCCCCAGCCCUGAUGAGAGGAGAGAGGGUCUGGUGUCAGCACUAGGGGAGAUCUUGUGGAGGGCAGGAGGAGGAAAGAGAGCUGUGGUUGGAUUAUUAUCAUCAGCGGAGACUGGGUAUGGCAAGGCCACACCUACGUAUAAGCCAGACAACAUUACAGAGAGGAUGAUCGAGCAUACAUUCACGGAUAGAAAUACAAUGGACUCCUUUCUUCGGUCAAGGCUUGCGUUGCUCCAAGAUGGGUCCUCUAGUGGCUGCAUACAGUUUCUACUCUCUGUGCUGCUUACCAAGGGAGUCAGUUGCAUUCAGUCUGAGAUGGACGAAGUCAACGGUAGACUCAUUGGUUCCCAUGGAUACUGUACUCAAGAGUUGGUUAACUUGCUACUGACUGGAGUGGCAGUGUCUAACGUCUUUGAUGGGGAAAUGAACCUGGGCAGCAAAGGCAGCGAAGAGCUACGUUUGAGAGGUCUGAGUAAACAGAGUGAAAUAGGUCUGCUAUCAUUAUUUGAGCAUUACCAGUCGUGUAAGGUUGGGAGUAAUUACAAGAAUCCCAUCUACCCUAUAUGGGUGAUCUGCAGCGAGAGCCACUUCUCAGUGCUGUUCUCUCAUGAGAGAUUGCUCCUUGAGAAUCCACUGCAAAAGAGAUUUGACCUACACUACUUCGAUGGUUUGGCUAACCAGGACAAGGCCAUACGACUGACUAUAGACAAUGCAGAGGGGAGAGGGUCGUUGGUGGAGGAUGCAUUGACCCCACCACUGGAGCUGUGCAUUCAAACUAAGUGGAGGAGUGUCACUGUGAGCUGGAAUGGAUCUGAACCAAAUUUGUACAUUUGACUGCUCUGUUGUAAAGUGUCAUUAGGAUCUAGGAGUAUUAUUCAUCACCAGUACUAAUUAUUAUGACAUCAUUUCCAAUUAUAGUGUGAAAAUAAUU